AUGCCGGUAGGGGGUCUUGCAAAUAAUGCCGGUAGAGGAUAUUUACCUAAGAUGACCAGAUUACCUGCAGUGAAUACUUCUGCUUCUGUAAUAUCUGCCAAUGUCAACUCGAUUCCAUUACUAAAUGGGACCAACUUUAAGGAUUGGAAGGAAAAUGUAAGCAUUGUCCUUGGCUGCAUGGAUCUUGACCUUGCAUUGAGAACGGAUAAACCACCUGCUCUUACGGAUGAAAGUACCGCUGAUCAAAAGCGUGACUUUGAGAGGUGGGACCGUUCUAAUCGUAUGUGUCUAAUGAUCAUGAAGCGGGGAAUUCCAGAAUCAUUUAGGGGCUCUGUGUCUGAUGAGGUCACUGCCAAAGAGUUCCUUGAACAAAUUGAGAAGCGUUUUGUUAAAAACGAUAAGGCGGAAAUAAGUACAACUUUGUUGAACUUAAUUUCCAUAAAGUACAAAGGUCAAGGGAACAUAAGGGAGUACAUUAUGGAAAUGUCUUAUCUUGCUUCAAAAUUAAAGGCACUAAAGUUAGAGCUGUCAGAUGACUUGCUCGUGCAUUUAAUUUUGAUCUCUCUUCCUGCACAGUUUAAUCAGUUCAAGAUAAGCUAUAACUGUCAAAAGGAGAAAUGGUCUCUUAAUGAGCUCAUAUCUCAUUGUGUGCAAGAAGAGGAAAGGCUUAAGCAAGAGAAGACUGAAAGUGCUCAUUUGGCUAGUGCCUUUAAAGAGCUGGAAGUUGUAUCUAUUCCAGUUUGA